UGUACUGAUGCAUGUGUAACUUUAGGUGAUCUUGCAUGUCCCUUAAUCUGCAUGUGCUUGUUUUUGCAUGCAGCUUAAUUGUACAGAUUUAAUGAAAGGCUUUCAUUCUUCAGAUUGGCAGAAACUGCCAGAAAGUCUUGCAAUUAUUGGUAAAGAACCAUACAUGUAUAUAAUGAAGGCUCUUUUUGCCCAUCAAAAUGGACAUUCAAGACUUGAUGUUGUUUCAAAAUUAAGUUAGUUUUGUGCAAGAACCUGAUGCAGCUCAGUUGUUGUGCUUGAUUUUACCAAAAAUUACCGGAAUUUUAAAUCCUAAAUUAUGUAGAACCGGAAUUAUAACAUCAUAAAUAAUAUAGAACCGGAAUUAUAACAUCAUGAAUAAUGUAGAACUGGAAUUAUAACAUCAUAAAUAAUGUUUAGUAGAACCGGAAUUAUAAUAUCAUAAAUAAUAUAGAACCAAAAUUAUAACAUCAUAGAACUGGAAUUAUAACAUCAUAAAUAAUAUUUAGUAGAACCGGAAUUAUAACAUCAUAAAUAAUGUUUAGUAGAACCGGAAUUAUAACAUCAUAAAUAAUAUAGAACCGGAAUUAUAACAUCAUAAAUAAUAUAGAAUGGUAAUUAUAACAUCAUAAAUGAUAUAGAACCGAAAUUAUAACAUCAUAGAUAUAAUGUUUAGUUGCCAUCUUUGGUAUUUUGACAUAUUUGAUGACAUUUUUUAUGUAGUUUUUCCUCUAAUAAACAUCAAGAGCAUGAGGUUUACACAAACUUCAUAUAUACCAUAGAUUUAUCUUUUCAGAACACAUAAGUGAUAGUAAAUUUUCUGUCCAAAGCUCUGUUUCCUAUGUUCACAAAAAAAUUACAUUUUAACUGAAUUAAUUUUAACCCCGGGGAUAGGAUGGCGCCACAAGGGGGGAUCAAAAUUUUGCAUACAAAUAUAUAGGGAAAAUCUUUUUAAAAACUACUGGGCCAAGAAAGUUGAAAUUUACAUGAAAGCUUCCUGACAUAAUGCAGAUUCAAGUUUGUAAAAAUCAUGGCCCCCCGAGGGCAGGAUGGGGCCACAAGGGGGGAUCAAAGUUUUACAUAGAAAUAUAUAGGGAAAAUCUUUAAAAAUCUUCUCAAAAACUACUUGGCCAAGAAAGUGGAAAUUUACAUGAAAGUAUCCUAACAUAGUGCAAAUUGAAGUUUGUUAAAAUCAUGUCCCCUGAGGAUAGGAUGGGGCCACAAUAGGAGAUUAAAGUUUUACAUACAAAUAUAUAGGGAAAAUCUUCUUCUCAAAAACUAUGGGGCCAGGAAAGUUGAAAUUUACAUGACAGAGUGCACAUUCAAGUUUAUUAAAAUCAUGGCCCCCAGGGGUAAGAUGAGGCGAAAAUAGGGGAUCAAAGUUUUACUUACAAAGAAGUAGGUACGGUUUAAGCCUAAUUCUGCCCGGCGAUUAUGGGGAAAAUUAAAUUCGCGUCCCUGAUAUUUUUUUGUCUAUUUUCUGAAAGAGCACUCCGUAUCUAUUCUUAAAAGCAUAUUAAAAUCAACUCAUGUAUGCGCAUGCGUAGUACACAAUCAAACAAAGUAAGGGUUAUGAAGCAAUUUAUGGAUUUUUCAUAGGUUUUGUAUAGAUAAAUCAGUGAAAUUGAACACCUCUUCCCCCGUCGCCCGGGACAAUUUUUAUAUGAAUUAAAAAUUUCGGAGAAAUUUGACAAUUCCUCUCAGUUUCAUUCCGGGCGACGAUGGAAGAAGGGUUAAAAUAUCACUUUAAAGAUGUUUACAAAAUCGCCAUCGUGACGUGAUUUGCGGUAAUCAAUGCAGACAUCUUAGCAACGGAAGAGGAUAUAAGAAUUAUUUGGGUAUUAAAUUGAUUCCAAAAUAAUAUUUGUUAGUGUUAAUUAUUAUCUAUUGUCAUUUAUUGAAAUAAUGAUAAUAAAUUCCGGAUAAGUUAAAGCCAAUCGUAUGUACCGGAUGCCAUUUUGGUCGUUAUGGUUAGUGUAAACAGAAUGGGGUAUACCUAGGAGCAACAGAUGCUUCGUGAGAAUUCUCAUUAAAUACCAGGUAAGUCGCAUUGAAGUAAUUUAUAUAAUGAUCAAUGAUUCUUUAUAUAAACAAUAUUGAUGGUGAAACUUUUAAAGCAUUAUAUUUCACCAUGCGUGCAUACUUUACUUGAUAACGUGAAACUUCCUUGGUACGAUGAACAGCAGACGGCAAUAUGUUUACCUACAUGCACUUAAGCUUAAAUCAGUGACGUAUAUUCCCCAAACAACGAAAUAGUUUUGUAACCAUUACAUGCAAUAAUUACAAAUAUAGAUCAUCUUUUAAAGACACUUUUAAAAGGUCUCUUUAAUCUGUAUCUAUGAAGCAUUUGCCCCCCCCCCCCCCCCCCCCCCCCCCCCCCCCCCCCCGGCCGGAUUUUAUAUAAAUUUUAUAUAAAAAUAUAUUUUAUAUAAAAAGUGCAAGUCUAUGAAGUAUUAUAAUUGUACUAGUGUACUUGUUUGUUUUAAAGGAUGGAUGGAAGGCAAUAUAGAUGUUGUUUAUGUAACAAAAAGACCACUCCAGACGAACGACGUCCCGUUGGUUUGUUUCUGUCCACAUUAAGGAAACACUUUUCUUUAGAUGUGGAAGAAACAGACCGUAUUUGCAACAAAUGUCGACAUAAGUGUCGGAAUAUAAAGGAGUCCAAUACAAGACAACCUAUGCUUCUUAGACCAGCCACCGAAGACGAAAAAAAAGAUCCCACAUUUCAGUCUCCAAAACAGAAGCGCACAAAGUCUCCAUUUUCAAGUCCUCCGACUAUUCCCUUGUCUAUCCCAUCAUCAUCGCAGAGCCAUGGCUACUGCUUUGUUUGCAAGAAACCAGGACCGAAGCUUGUCACAGUUUCACAUCAUGUUCGGAUGUUUGUGUUUAUCCAGAAAGAAAUCAUCAUUCCAACUGGAGCAAGAUGCUGCAUACGACACCUAGACAGCGAGAAAAUGAAUGAUGAAGCUUUACAUCAAAUCAGGACCAAUGACAACACAACACUGAACAAAUCAUCCAUCAUUGAUCUCAUUAAGUACCUAUUUACAUUCAAAAAAGUUCCAAUUUCGCAUUUGCGUGGCGGUCCUACAGUAUGCAUAAGCACCGACCCCUUAUUAAACCAAUGAUGGUUGUUACUACAAGUGGAUACAUCGUAUCGGUCCUUGGACCCUAUCUUGCCGACUCCAAAAAUAAUGAUGCUAACAUCCUGAAACACAUGAUUUGCCAUAAUGCUGAAGAACUUCGGAACUGGUUGCAAGAAGACGAUGUGUUUGUUGUUGAUCGCGGAUUUAGGGAUGCUCAGGAUGUUCUGGAAGAUCUUGGAAUAAGGAUGGAGAUGCCAGCAUUCAUGAUACGAGGAGACAAACAGCUGCCCACGCUUGAUUCUAACAAGUCAAGAGUUGUGACAAAGGUCAGGUGGAUUGUAGAAGCAGCUAAUGGGCGCAUUAAGCAGUGGCAGUAUUUGGCAAAAACCUUGCCAAACUCGCAAAUUCCAUUCAUCGGUGAUUAUGUGAGAAUUGUAGCAGCUCUUUGCAAUAAGUAUAGACCACCACUUAGCGUGUCAUCAGAGGAGGACCAAGAAAUUGCAGCGAAAAUGGUUUACCUUUCACAGAGAUUAAAUACACUACAGGAAUGUGUGGAAAAUGAAGGGCUUGACAGACGAGGGUUUAAUUGGACAAAAGUAGAUUCAGAGAAUGUUACUCCAGAAUUUCCAAAGUACAACAACACUGAAUUGCGUCAGCUAACUCUGGGAGUGUACCAACUUCGCAUGGCUAAGUCCUACACUCAUGAGCACAUGGACGUAGACGGUGGAUUUGAAAUCCUUAUAAGUGACGAAAUUCAAGGAAUGGUGUGCGCCAAGAUCCAAAGUCGCCAUAUGUCAGCUAAACAGUACAAAUGUUGGAUCACUUACACCGAGGGAGAUAUUGAUGGUUGGUAUUGCAAAUGCAAAGCUGGCACAAGAGUUGUAGGAAUGUGCGGCCAUAUCACCAGCGUUAUAUGGUAUUUAUCUUUUGGACGGCAUCAGGAGUCACUGAAGGGGGUAAGGAACUGGACAACAUCACUUGAAGACGCAUCGGACAUCCAUGACGUCAUUGACGGUUCAGACAGUGAUGGAAAUGACAAUGAUGUGGAAGAGUGCGAGAAGGCGAGGGUGUGCUAUAUCUAGUCUGGGGGUGAAUGCGCGCGCACAUGCGUGUGUUUGAGAGAUAGAGAGAGUGCGUGUGAGAAAGUGAAUAUGCGACGGAGGUUGAGAGCGUGUGUGACUGUGUAUGAGAAAGAUAAGAUGUUUGUGAGAGAGACGGAGGGAGGAGGUAUGUGUUGCUGUGUGUGUGUGUGUGUGUGUGUGUGAGAGAGAGAGAGAGAGAGCGAGAGAGAGAGAGAGAGAGAGAGAGAGAGAGAGAGAGAGAUCUGUGUUUGCGUGUGUACAUACACUAUAUAAAUGUUCUUCGUGUGU